AUGCCCUCAAUGUCAUCAACUUCUACUCAUAUGGAAAACUUGUUGGCUUCCAAUUCAGGAACACCAAGAUUCUUUCAACAACAAACACCAAGAUCAAUAAGAGGAGUAGUUGGAGGAGGAACAUCAAGCAAAGGGAAAUUACAAAAUCUACUGAAUCAAUUGUUAAAAGUUGGUCAUCAAAGAGUUAAUAUCGAUGUUGAUUUAUCUACUAAUUCAAUUGAAGGUUUUACUGAAUUGAUGGUUAUCCCAACCUCAAAUACUUUAAGAACAAUUAAAUUGGAUUGUCGAGAAAUGGAAAUUAAAGAUGUGUUUAUCAAUGGAAUAAAGAAUGUCAAUUAUGUUUAUAAAGAUAUGUUAUAUAUUAAUGAUGAAGACCAUUUCCAACAAAAGUAUAAUAUAUUUGAUUUAUAUUCUGAUACGUUUAAUAUUCAUCAACAUCAUUAUCUUCGAUCAAAAUUAGAUUAUAUAUUUGGAUCCAUGAAUUAUGAUAAUAAUUUACAUGAUACAAUUAAUGGAGGUGAUUCACAAGAACUUCAUAUAAUACUACCAGAAAAUAUGAAAUUCGAAUUAACUGACAUAAGUGCAAUCCAAACUCCUACAGGUAGUCAUCCAGGUACAAUGACCCCACUGCAUUUAAGGUCAAAAGCAACAGUAAGUGAUAUGUAUACUCCUAUCCAAUUGAAGAUCAUUUAUAGUUUAAAAAAUCCCAAUAAUGGAGUGAAUUUCAUUACCAAUAAUGAUAUAGAUAGAAAAUCAUGGCAUGCAUAUACAAGAAAUUCAGAUUAUAAUGUGUCAACAUCAUCUUGGGUACCGUGUAUAGAUAAUUUAUGGGAUAGAAAUACUUGGUCAUUAGAAGUCAACAUACCUAGAACUGUAAGAGAUAUAGGAAAUCCAAGAAUAAUUGGAUCCAAAGAAGCAAUUCGAUUUGCGAGAAAUAAAAAUAAACGACAUCAAGAUGAUAUAGAUGAAGAAGAUGGAGGUGCAAGUGGAGGUGGUGAUGAUGAUGAUAUUGAUAAUUAUGAUUUAGUUGUUUGUUCUGGAGAUUUUAAUAAUGUUAAGGAAACACCCCAUCCAAUAGAUUUAUCUAAAAAAGUUGUUUCAUGGUCCGUAUUCAACCCUGUUUGUGCGCAUCAUGUGGGAUGGGCUCUUGGGUGUUUUUCUAGUUUUACUUUGAGUGAUAGUAUAGAGGGACAAGGAACCAAAAGUGACCAAGAUGAUGCAAGCGGUGAACCUAAUGAAUAUGAAGAAAAAGAAAGUACAUAUUCUCCAGUUACGGUAUAUGCAUUACCUCAUCAUAUUGAAUUGGCAAGAAACACAUGUAUUAUGGCCAACAAGGCAAUUGAUUAUUUUCUGAAAGAAUUCGGUUCAUUCCCAUUCAGUUCUUUUUGUAUUGUGUUUGUGAAAUUUAGUCCCUUACAACUGAAUGGAUUUGCUGGAUUGUCAAUUCUUUCCACAGAUUUAUUGUACCCACCAGAUAUCAUAGAACCUAUGUUUACAUCGACAGAAGUAUUGUUAACUAGUAUAGCUACUCAAUGGUCAGGAAUAAAUAUUGCUCCUCAAACAUUUAAUGACAUGUGGUGUACAAUUGGUAUAUCUCAUUUCAUGGCCAACUCGUAUAUCAAGAAACUUAUGGGUACUAAUGAGUAUAGAUAUAAGAUUAAACGUGCAAUAGAUGAACUUGUGAUUCAGGAUACUGAUAGUAAUGGUAAGAAACCUUUAGGAAUUCAAUUUUAUCGAUUCCCAAUUUCCGAAACCGAUUUAGAUUUUGUGAAAUUGAAAUCUCCUAUUGUAUUAUAUAUCCUUGAUAAUAGAAUGACCAAAACUGAUAAAUCAUUUGGACUUUCUCGAGUACUUCCGAAAUUAUUCUUACAAGCAAUGUCAGGGGAAUUACCCAAUGGAACCAUUUCCACGUCCCAUUUCCAAUAUGUAUGUGAGAAAGUUAAUCGAAAUAAAUUAGACAACUUCUUCAAACAAUGGGUAUAUGCAACUGGAACACCUACAUUAAGAAUCAACCAGAAAUUCAACAAAAAGAAAACCAUGAUAGAAAUGAAUAUCCGCCAGACCCAAUAUCAUGCGAAAAGAACAGCCGCCCCGGCAACAACUACCAAUCCAAGAUCAUUCAUCGACGAAGCAGUAUCAUAUCUUGACGAUGACCCGAACUUCCCCAUUCAACCGGUUUUCAUGGGACCUUUAACCAUCAGGGUUCAUGAAGCUGAUGGAACGCCAUAUGAACACAUUGUUGACCUCAAAGAAUCAAGCACCCGAAUCGACGUUCAAUAUAAUUCCAAAUUCCGUAAAAAGAAAAAGGACGAAUUAGCAGCCGCCGCCGCCAACCCAGAUCCAAUCACACCCAACCCUUCUUCAUUUGUUUACAGACUAGGUGAUGUUCUCUCAUCGGAAUCCGAAAUGUCCGAUUGGGGACUUGUGAAUUUCGAAAAACCAGAUGAUGAAAUCUCGAUGUAUCAUGACCCAUAUGAAUGGAUUAGAGCCGAUGUGGAUUUUGAAUGGAUUGCAAGAAUAGAUGUGCAGAUGCCGGAAUAUAUGUAUGCUUCGCAACUUCAAUUCGAUCGUGAUUUAGAAGCUCAGCUUGAUGCGGUGCGAUAUUUUGGAGAAUUGGAAAAACCGGGAUUAGUGCAUGCUACGGUAUUGAUUAGAACGGUGAUGGAUGAGAGAUAUUUCUAUGGGGUGAGAUUGGCAGCAGCGGAAGCAUUGGCUAGGUUUCUGAAUGAUGGUAACGGAUUUUUGGGAGUAGGCUAUUUGGUAAGGGCGUAUAAGGAAUUGUAUUGUUUUCCGGGAAGUUCUAUACCAAAGAGUAAUGAUUUUAGUGAUUUUAGGAAGUAUUUUUUACAGAUUGGUAUACCUCAGAUUUUAUCUACUGUUCGGAAUCAAGAUGGAGAAGUACCAUUUGUGAUUAAAGAAUUGCUAUUAAAUUUGGUGAAGUUUAAUGAUAAUACCAAUAAUAGUUUUCAAGAUUCGAUAUAUAUUAGUAAGCUUUUGGAAUCGUUAACCACUACCGCCAUAACCACCAGUGUCCAUAGUCGUGAAAAAACCCUGGCAUCAGUAUUUGCCAAUAAUGUCGUUACUGAAAUCAAUCGUCUCCAUAAAUUAGACCGUUGGACUCCAUCAUAUCAAAACAUAAUUGAAAUCGCAUGUAUAAAACAGAAAAUCAGAAUGGCAUUAGCUGGCACGAUCGAUCUAUCAUUUGAAGAUCUAGUGUAUCUCACUCAAGAUAAAUAUCCCAUGGAAGCUCGAGUAGAAGCAUUUCGUGGAAUUCUUCAACUUGGAGGAUUACGUAAUGCAAGUAUAUUACGAUUUUUCUUACAUGUUGUAUUAUUAAAUUUCGCUAGACCAUUAUAUCGGAUAAAAUUGAUUCAGGUAUUGAUUGAUUCUAUAUGCUAUGCAGCUAUGGAUGGUGGACGGUCGAAAUUGGAUGAUCCUGAAUUUAAGACGUUGGAUAAACUUCCAAAAGAACGAGGUGUGGGAGGAGGAGCCGGUGGUGGAGGUGUUGCUGAAAUGAUCAUAAUUGAAGAAGGACCCAGGAGUGAAAUGGAUUCCAGAAGGGAUAUAUAUGCUAGGGCAACGAUAAAAGGAGCUAUUGAAUUGUUACGUCGUGAUUAUUCGAUUGGAAAAGGAUUAAAAUCAACAAUGUGGGAAUUAUUACACAGUUCAUUAUUAUCACUUCAUGAGAAACGGAAUUUAUUUAUGAUUCGUCAGAUAUUAUAUUGCGAGAUUGAUUCAUUUUUGGUGCUGAUUCCAGUUCCUAGUUUACCAGUUGCGGAAUUUAAGAAGAAAAUCGUGGCUAAGAAUCUUGGUGGUGGAGUGGUAAUGUUGAAACGUGAAGGACGGUUUAGGAUUCAAUUACCUACUAGAAAAUCAAUCAGUUCAGCCACAACCACAGCUGGUGCUCCUAGUACUGCAGCGCCUGGUCAGCCAGGCUCCAGAAGAGGAAGUAAAACUAAAAUGGGUGAGCAUCCUCCAAUUGAGCAGAUCGUUGAUGUUGGUGGCGGUAGUGGUCCACAGAAAUUAAAACUUUCAAUAAGUCUAAAAUCAACAGUACUGCCAGAUAAGGAAAAACAAAAAGAAGUUAGGAGAUCGUCGAUUAGUAAGAAGAUGAAAAUUCAUGAACCUAAAGUAUUUAUUAAUAAGGGUUUUGUUACGUUCAAGAUUCCAAAGCAUAAACUUGCUCGGAUUUCGCACAGUCGACCACCAUCUCGAAUCGUGAACCACCAUGUAGCUGUCAGAGGAUCAUUAGUUACUCUUAGGUUUGGCAAAGAAGCGAUGAAUAAGGUGUCUCGAUUAAUGGCUCCACCAGUUGUGCAUCGAUAUGUUAAGAUUUCGACAAAGUUGAAAACUAUUGAGAUUUCAACGGAGCCAUUUAAACCAGUUGUUCAAAAGGAGCCUAUGCAACCUAAGGUUGAAACUCCAAGUAUAUCUCAACCCAUUGAAGAAGAAAUCAAGAAAGAGAAUGUCAUUCCUAAGGCCACUGAACCUGAAAAGCUACCAAUAAUUGAAGAAAAGCGAGCAGCUUCAGAAAUCCCACCUCCUAAAUCCAAUGAGCAUAAAGACAUCACCUCACAACGUGCAAAGAGUGAAUCACCUAAAAGCAAACAAGAAGAAGUCAAUGUAUCGGAGAAAUCAAAUCUAUUCGAAAGGUCUACUUCACUUCCUUCUGUCCCACCAUCCGCACCCAAAUCAAGAGCAUCACUGACUGAACCUCUAGUAGAUUCCAAGAAGUCGACCCCAUUUUCUCGUGGUGCUAGUCCAUUUACGAUAUCACCAUCUCCUCACACCAAGAAGAAGAAAACCAAGAUUUAUAUUCAUGGAAGUGGUGGACUGUCAGAUUCUAAGCGUUCUAGGAAUGGUACUAGCUCUCCUGAGAAUUGA